AUGGGCAUCUCUCGCCAGACUAAAAAGCCCUCGGCCGGAAGACCCGGGGGCAGCGAAGCCGCAGCCCGCGCAACCCGACGCGGCCGCGCCGCGCCGAGCCGCUCCACACCCGUAAGGACGGUGCACAUCCGACCGCUGCCGACGCGCGGCGCGGCCGCGCACAAACAGCACGCGCGCGCCUCGCAGACUCACACGCCGCACACACACCUGACGCAGACGCACACGGCGGGGUCGCAGCCGGCGCCCUGCUGCCCGACACGGCCCUGUGACCAGCACACAGCACACAGCGACCACUCGGCCUGCACCUUCUACUGCUACCUCUGCUACUGCUGUUACUGCUGCUGCCUCACAAUGCUCUCCUUCUCUCUCCUCCUCCUCCUCUCCCCCCCUGCCCGUGCCCCCCCCUCUGCUGCCACCCACACCUCCCUCUCCUCAAAUCCCUCCUCCUCCCAUUUUCCAUCGUCCACUUUUUGCUUGGAUGGGCUUUCCUGUACUUGCCUUGACGUCAACCUGACCUCCUCUGUCGCGGCCUCCUCCUACUGCCCCGUACCACCUUGUGUCUUAUCUGAUCACGCUCUCUCUGACCCCUCACCUUCCCCCUCCUCCAUUUACACCGCAUCUGACUCGCCCACCCCCUCUUGCCACGGCUCCUCCCCACCCUCUCCCUUGGCCACGUCCCCCCGUCUUCCUUCCCUGACCUCUUCCUUGCCUGCCCUACAUCGUCCCCUCCUCUGCCGGCCACGGCCCUCCUCGCGCUCUCUCCCUUCCCUGCUCCUCUGCCCUCCCAGCUUUGGCGACCAAACAUUGUCUUCUGCAUCAACCCUAGAGCGCAUCCCCUCUGGGCUCGCCCGGCCGCGCACACUGCUGCGCCAACAGAGUCUUCAGCAGCCUCUCAUCCACCCGUCAAUCCCAGGUGUCAGCCAACCCCCGACCACAUCCCAGAGCCUGGGGCAGUUGCACACUCCACCCGGCCAGGCCGGGGGAGGUGGGGGCACUGCGGGAGGAGGCGGAGGAGGAGGCGGCGGAGGGGGAGGAGGAGGAGGAGGUGGCAGUGUUGGGGUAGGGGGUGGAGGCGCAAGAGGGGGUCCCAGGGGUGUACGGGGCAGUCCAGCAGGGGCUGGUGCGUCUCGCUGUAGGGGAGAUGGAGCAGGAGGGCGCUUGCGCUCCAAUCCCGGCAGCUGGGAUUACAUGAUGGGCCAAAUGCGGACUCGUGGCCUGGAUGUCAAGUCGUUCCUUGAAGGGAAGAUGGUGGUGCUGUCUUUGGCCAUUGGUUUGGCCGAGCAAGAUGACUUUGCCAAUAUCCCUGACCUGCAGGAAACGGUGCAGGCAGCGCCAGCCAAUCAGGAGCCCCCUCCUGAGAAGAGGGGCAGCAAGCCAGGUAACAGCCCCAAGGGCCACCCCCCUGACGCCGAUGGCCACUCCUCUGUUACCGACCUAGCCAACUCCCUUACUGGAGACAUGGUGAUGCUGUCUCCGGGGUCGGAAGAUGACGAUGGUGAAGGGCCUAUCAGUGAGAAGCUGGGCCGGAUCCAGUUUAGCAUAGGCUACAGCUUCCAGGACUCCACCCUCACCGUCAAAGUCCUCAAAGGCCAAGAGCUCCCUGCAAAGGACUUCUCUGGCACAUCUGACCCCUUUGUCAAAAUCUACCUGUUGCCAGACAAGAAGCACAAGCUGGAGACCAAGGUCAAGAGGAAGAACCUUAACCCCCACUGGAAUGAGACAUUCCUUUUUGAAGGAUUCCCCUAUGAGAAAGUGAGAGAGCGCACUCUCUACCUUCAAGUGUUGGACUAUGACCGCUUCAGCAGGAAUGACCCCAUUGGAGAAGUGUCAAUCCCUCUUAACAAGGUGGAACUGGGACAAUUAAAGACGUUCUGGAAGGAGCUAAAGCCUUGCAGUGAUGGCAGUGGGAGACGUGGAGACCUGCUGGUGUCACUUUGCUAUAAUCCCACUGCCAACACCAUCACUGUGAACAUCAUCAAAGCACGCAAUCUCAAAGCCAUGGAUAUUGGGGGAACCUCAGACCCUUAUGUGAAAGUGUGGCUGAUGCACAAGGACAAGCGUGUGGAGAAGAAAAAGACGGUAGUGAUGAAGCGCUGUCUCAACCCAGUCUUCAACGAGUCCUUCCCCUUUGACGUGCCAGCCCACGUGUUGAGGGAGACCACAAUUAUCAUCACCGUCAUGGACAAGGACAGGCUCAGUCGUAACGAUGUUAUUGGCAAGAUCUAUUUGUCAUGGAAGAGUGGACCAGCAGAGGUGAAGCACUGGAAAGACAUGAUAGGCCGACCACGUACCAAUGUUGCCCAAUGGCAUGCCCUCAAGGCCUGAAAACCCCGCCCAAGUUCCCUCGUGC